AUGUCACAGAUAGAUUCCCUUGCCAGGAGCCGCAAGCGUGUCUUCAACUCUGUGUUCGCGCCCGUCAAACUGUCGGAAAAUGCUCCCACUCCCCUAGCAACGCCGACACCCAGCUCUACUGCUCCAGGCCGACCAUUUGGUUCAGCGACAUUGCCUCAAAUACCGCUUCACGAUAUUCCAGAGCCAGAAGCUGUGAAAUGGAGUCGAGCCUGGCAUUCAGCGACAGAAUUCCUUCAGGUUCCUGACAGGACUUUCGAUACACCUUCCAGCUAUCUUGAAUAUGCUAGGCUCAAUUCCCGGAAGAAACAGAUCACAGCUGAGACACGAAAUGCCUUGAACUUGCUGCUCCUUCCGCACGUACCUGGUCUGCAUGAGAUUCCUAAGGAGUACGACCUAUUGCACUGGUAUUGCAAUGAAAUUCGGCGUCAUUUCAUAACCAAUAUACAGUCCAUUCUGUGUACCGCCUUGAAGAAAGGAUCUGAAGAUGAUCCGUUAGCUCAGACGGUGCGCUGCCUAAAUGUAGCACAUCACACGUAUUUCAGGCCCGUUGAAGAUCAUAUGCUACCGGAAGUUGUUAGCACGGAGCGCAAUAAUACAUACUCUAAGCUAAAUGAAGCUUUUCAGUCCAUUGUUGCACACUCGUUGCCAUCAAAACGCAUUUCAGAUUUGCUGGAAGAAACGAUCCGAAGUACUGCUGUGGACAUUUUAGGAAUCUCGCAGGCGAGAGAUGAUGAUGCAGAUGACACCGGAUCCAAUGACAUGGAGAUCGAUCAGCAACCCUCAAUCAUUUAUCGAUUGUGGAAAGAGAUGCCAGAGACUGCUCGCUAUGAAGUUUAUGAAGUCAUACCGGAAUACCGCGAUGAUAGGAUGAGCCAAGCCAGGAAUAAGCUCCUUACCUUGUUACAUGCAAUGCAGGAACUUGGUCUUGGUGGUCACCGAGUACAAAAGGUAUUUGCUCAGGUCAUGAAUGAUAUGAUGACCGAAUUCAUACUAGUGAGCUAUAAAGAACAGUGGGAGUCGCCCUCACUCGUCAGAGAGCAUUUAUGUUUGUGGGUGGAAAAUGUAUUUGCAAGACUAGCUGUUGAAGUUCUGGAAAUCGUCCAGCCGCCCACAGACUACCGCAAUGACAAUCUCAUGAAUGUCAGGCUUGACGACGUUGAAAAAUGGCAGGAAAUUGGCUUGGCUCGUUUGGGCGCUCUACGCACCAGUGAACUAUUUGAUGUGAUAGUGAAUUGGGACUCGAGUAGCGGCGCUAUUGAAGACCUAAAACAGUAUACAACACAUACUGCAUCUAGAUUUUCAUUGUCGACUGCAUUUGUUGGCACACUCUCCCAGCGUCUAUUGCACCCAGGAGCAUCCACAGCUGAAAUUUUGCAACUCUACAUCUCGAUUAUUCGAGCAUUCAGCGUUUUAGAUCCAAAAGGCGUUCUGCUAGACCGCGCGGCUCGACCCAUCAGGAAAUAUCUUCGGGACCGUGACGAUACAGUGCGAGCAAUCGUUGGAGGUCUCCUGGCAGAUCCGUCCGAUACCGACAAUACGGAAAGCAGUGAAACUUUGGUAGAACUUGCAACAGAGCUCACCAAUGCCCAUCGGCGGAAUCUUCAGAAUGAUUCUGGAGAGCUGGAUUGGGAUGAUAUGAGCUGGAUGCCCGAUCCAAUCGAUGCAGCUGCAGACUACAAGAAAUCCAAGGGUGCGGACGUGGUGGGUAGUUUGAUCAGUCUUUUCGAUUCAAAGGAGGCAUUCGUAAAGGAACUGCAAAGUAUGUUAUCAGAGCGGCUGCUUAAGAAGAAACCGAACUUUGACCAGGAAACGUCGGUGUUGGAGUUGUUGAAAGUACGGUUUGGCGACGGCGCUCUACAAGCCUGUGAAGUGAUGCUUCGCGAUGUUAUUGACUCUAAGCGUGUUGACACUGUGAUUCGAAAUGAUCAAGAGUUAGCUGGAGAGCCACUUCCUGCUUGGGGGACAGCAGCUCCGGUGCAGAAGAGCUACAACGUACCACAAUUACAUUCAAAGAUUCUCUCGCGAUUCUUUUGGCCGGCUCUACAGGAUCAGCCAUUCAAUGUACCCAAAGAGAUCAAGACACUACAGGAACGAUACUCUACUGGUUUCGAGGCAUUGAAGCAAUCUCGAAAACUAACCUGGCUUAAUGCUCUUGGACAUGUCACCGUCGAGCUGGACCUUGAGGAUCGAGUUUUUACAGAUGAGGUCACGACAUGGCAGGCUACAGUGAUAUACGCCUUCCAAUCGGAUAAUGCACCCGCUACGAAGACUGUGGCCGAACUCGCCGAGACGUUGGAAAUGUCUGCUUCUCUAGUACGCAGUGCUUGUCUUUUCUGGGUAAGCAAGCGGAUUCUCGUCGAAACUCAGCGAGAUUCAUUCCGCGUUCUUGAAGUUCUUCCCAAUGACGAGGAUCAUGAGAUGGCCAUUAGUGGUGAUCAAGAAGCCGCCAAUCCAUCUGCCACAGAAUCCGACGCCGCUGCUGCUGCCGAUGCCGCCGCAGCCGCCGCAGCAAAGGAGACAGCGAACGCUGCGGCAAUGGAGAAGAUGAAUCUUUACUGGCAAUUUAUUGUUGGCAUGUUGACAAACCAGGGCGCCAUGCCUCUACAGCGGAUUAUCAUGAUGCUGAAAAUUGCAGUACCGGGUGGCUUUCCUUUCGGGAAUGAAGAGCUCCGUGAGUUCCUUGCAGGAAUGGUUGCGCAGGGAAAAUUGGAAAUUGUCAGUGGGGGAAGCUAUAAAAUCGUGCGAUGA